AUGAUGGUCACCGGAGGCCUGGGAGGCCUGGGCCUGAUCGCUUCUUUCCACUGUGCCGCGGAGUUCGACAAUCCGAUCAUCACCACCUCGAGAUCAGGUCGUCUGGGCAGCGGAGGGGCCUCGGCGAUGAACAUGUUCGAGGCCCUGAAGGAGAUGGUGCCAGUGUACAACGUGAGGCUAAAUGUGGCCAACGCGCAAGACACGGCCGAUGUCUUCGCAUGGGUUAGCCGACCAGGCAUGCCGCCGGAGGACAGCAAGAUUCUCAUCGAUGAUGUGGUGUACCAGGUCCGCUACAAGAUCCACUCGCUGCCCGACGAGGCCUUGCGGAGGAUCCAGGAGUUUCUGUUGGAGGUGAAAGAGAAGCUGCUCCAGAUCAUGAAAGACAUGAGGCAGCAGGAAACGAAAAUCGACCAGUCCACGAUGGCUGACCUGUCUGAGAAGGAAGCAGCGGUCAGCCACGCGAUUGGCAUGAUCCGUGCCAAGGUGGGAGCUGUGCCUCGGUCCGGACAGUGCCGGCUGCUGGGUGGAGUCCCAUCCCAGGGCUACGGGGUACCGGAUGCUGAUGCAUUGGCAACAGUGGUUUCGGAGGGUUCGCCACUGCCGAGCCAGGCUCCAGGGAGAGCAUCUGUUCCGGACUUGAUGGAAGUGGAGCGCCUUUCGUCGCUCCCAAAACCCAUUGGUCCGACCACGUCGGACAGAUACCGACUUCACGCCAUGUCGGGAGAUUCCUGGACCGAAACCCCAUGGUCAUGGUUUGGCAGCGAGCUGCGGUUUGGCACCUCUGAAGGAUCAAUUCGGGUCCGGGAGGAGUCCCGCGGCCCUCGUGGCAGCCGUGCUCGCUGCAGUGUCUCAGGCUCAGAAUACGAUUUGCGACGACUGGUUGCCCGGCCUACCACAGUCUCCGGCCACGUGUCUCUAGAGGCCUUGGAGUCGGUGCAGCGGGAGGCCGAGCUCUCCGAGCGAGCAGGCAAGCACCCGAACAUCGUGCGAUGCCACGGGAUUCUGGUGCAAAACGUUGGUGCUGCGCACUGCCAGCUUCUUCUUUGCGAGCCGUGUGCUUCGGACUUGUCGCAACAUGUGGCAUCCAAGGGUGGCACUCUUCUGGCUGGCGAGCUGGCUGAUCUUGGCCAGCAGCUGGCAAUGGGACUCUCCCAUCUUCACAGCCUUGGCAUGCUGUAUGGCAGCCUUGCUGCAAGUGGAGCGCUGCGAGGUUCCCUGGAUGGUCUCUGGAAGCUCGGGGACUUUUCUCGUGCAGCAGCCCUGCCCGUUGCGGCUUCGGAGUGGCGCAGCCGCAGCGGUGCGAAACCAUGCGAGGCGCCCCCUGAGGCCCGUGGUAGCACGGAUGAUGCACUCAAGCCCGAGGCGGAUGUUUGGCUCUUGGCCUCCUUGGUCUUGGCAACACUCUGUGCUGCAAAGCCAGGCGAUGCUUUCUUUGCUCUAGCACCAGAGCGGCUCCUGGAUUCUGCCGUGGCACGGCUCUGGCUGCUGCUGCAAUGGCUUUUGGCCGAGGCGCCGGAGGGUCGGCCGAGUGCCAGUGAAGCAGCGGCGCUGCUCGGCACUGCCACCCUGACGCCGCCGCAGGAGCUGCUCUUCGAGAUGCCCAGCCGCGAGCGUCGCCGCUGCUGCGGCGCGGCGCUCGCAGCGGCACGGCAGCGUGCGGCAGAAGCCGCGGCUGCCGAGGAGCGGCAGAGCUCAGAAAGCAUAGAAGGCGACACCAAGCAUUGA